AUGACCGAGACUCGAAGACUUUUGGAAGCGGCCAAUGCUCUUUCUCGGUUGUUGGUCGCAAGCCGUGUGUCGCAUGCUUUCUACGGUAGUGUGUUCACUGCCAUACUUGCAAACGCUCCUCAAUGUGAGGAAAUUUACUGUAUCGUUGAAGGAGGCCAGCAUCAAAGUCAUCCUUUUCGUCGUGUGCGCGAUGCAAUUUCGGACAACGAAGAUUUCUCUACAACUCUUUCACCUUGGACCAACAGAUUACAUGUUACUUAUCGUCGACCAAUCCCGGCCAUUGAAAUUGAGAUACUACCUGCUGGUGAGGCUGGCCCUCGCCGAUUGGACGCUUCAACCGUUGUCAAAAUUCAGGGAAUACCGUUUCUUACCAUCUCUGAAUUCAUACGAGCCAAACUAAAAACGUGGAUGAUUCGAAUGUCAGACAGAGACGCCCAAGAUGUGACUUUCGUUCUAUCUCGAUAUUGGAACCGAGUCGAUAUCAAUCGCAUUCCAGAACAAGAUAUGAAUUAUUUCACGACCAGGAACCCUUCUUCCCAGCUUUGGUGGUUAGCAUUAAAGAGGAAAUAUGGCAUGUAA